GCCCCUAAACGAAUCUAGUCCUGAGCAUCUCCUGGAGACGCAUACAUAAUUAAUUGUGCUUGGUGUUCUUGGAUGGUGCCAUGGGCUCCGAGGUAGAUGACAGUUUGAAGCAAGGUGUGGACCACCUGAAGACAAUAUUCGACCUGUGUGACAGGGAUAAGGAUGGCUGUAUAUCUGCCCAGGACUUUAAGAGCAUUGGCUUAGAGCACUUUGGAGAGACUCAGGAAGUGGACAUGCUAAUUCAUGAAAUGGACCCGGCCAACUCCCAGCACAUCUCAUUCUCCAUGUUCUGUCAGGGAAUAGAAACCUACAUUCUGGAGCACCACCAGUUGCCUGGCUCCAGUAGUGCUAGCUUGUGUUCCCUGUUAUCCUUCACUGAGGACAACAGCAACGCAGAGGUUGGCUCUACCGGUGGUUAUGACAGUGCCUUCUCCAGUGAGGACAUAUACCCUCUAGACCAUCGAUUCACUGCAUACCUCUCCAAUGGCUACCACUCCAGUGCUCCAAAAGGUGAAUGUGUAGAGGAGGAGUUAGUUUUGGAGUCAUCAGAGGAGACCGACUCCAGCACGAGAGGUGCUGUUGGACGCUCCCACUCAUCGUCCUCGCCGGAUGGCUUCUAUGAGGUGGGUGCUGUGAGUGUGUCCAGAGAGAGCCCCACCCUCAUGGCACGUCACCUGCAGCGACGUCAUCAGCUCAUGGUAGCAGAAUCUCCCUCCCAAAGCAGUACCCCUGCAGAGCUGGCUGAUCAGGAGGUCUCAAAACUCAGCGAUCAGCUGUCUGACCUCACAUCUCGACUGGAGGACCUACAGGAGGACCACAGAGACAGUGAGGGACUCAGGAGCAGACUAAAGAGAGAGAAUGUGGACCUCAAAACGAGACUGGAGGAGUAUGAGAGUCAGCUGCGAGACACUGAAGAGAACAAUGAAAAGAUGCUCAACGACUCACAGAACCUUCUCAACUCUUCACUCGUCAAAGUUCGGCACGAGAGUGAGCAGAAGGUGUUGGACUUGCAGUACCAGUUGGAGGUGUCUAAAGAACAGACACAGAAGAUGAAAGAUGCAGAGUUUACUCUCAAGGCACAGUUGUCCUUUGUUCAAGAGGAGUUGUCAUCUCGAGAGGAUGAGUUGAGUGAGACUGAUGAUGGUCGUAGGAGAGUGGAGGAGGAGCUGCGGAGGACACGGGAGCAGCUGCGAACCGAGAGGGAGGCGUGGUCUCUUGAAGGGGACGUACUCAGACAGGAGGUUCAUGAGAGGGACUGUCAGGUGCAGCAGUUGCAGUGCGAGUGUGAGGAGGCUCAAAAGGAGAGAGACAGUCAAUCCAUCACAGCGUCUGACAUGGGCAGGGAGAUAGACACUCUUAAAAAGGAGCUUGAGCUGGCCCACACAAAGAAUGAGGAGAUGCAGGCCCGAUUCUUACAGGAGGGCAAAGAACUGUUGGCCAGGAAUAAAGAUUCACUAGCAGCUGAAAUGGACAAUGCUUCCAAAGACGAGAUUUUGAAAGCAUUACAAGAUUCCGAAGAACGUAACCUGAGACUGAAACGCUACAUUGACGGACUGCUCAGCAACAUUAUAGAGAAGUACCCAGAACUACUUGAGAUACACUAGUUUUGUUGUAUAUGUCAUCCCUCCACAAGUGCAGGUUUAUUUUAUUAGUUCAUGUAGGAGCACGCAGUCUUUUUAACACAGUUGCAUGCAUGCAUACUUAAUUCUUUUUGCUACUCAUCUGAACCUCAGUAUGACUUCGAGUACAUAAACAUCUUGUUAUCAAUACCUCUCUUGAAACUUUGUUAUAAGGUCAAAAUCAAA